AUGCGCUUCUAUGAAGUGGCUGAAGCUGAAACAUGGGAUGUUGCUAAGAAGAUGGACGAGCAUGACUUCCAUCUCGAGCUUCCUCAUGAUGUGAAGGAGGUCAAGGCAGAGUCCAAGGAGAAGGCUGGCAAGAAGAAGAAGAACUCCUUCGGUUUCCGGCAGUUCAGGAAUGGCAAGAAGGGAGGUUUCUCCAAGGGUUUUGGUGGCUAUCAGCAGCAGUUUGGUCAGGGAGGCUUUCAGCAGUCUGGUUCUGUCUCGGGGUUGUUUACGAGGUACCUGCAUCGGGCUCUGAAUACCCGUUCCCCUUGGCGCUCUUCUGUCUCUUUGGACGCCUCCGCUCUUUCCGAGCUGUCAUUCUGGACAUCCUUUUUGGAGCAGUUCUCUGCUCGCCCCAUCUGGCAGCAGUUCUCCCUCGUUCUAGUUCUCCAGUACGACGCGGGCGCGCACGGCUGGGGUGGCCACGUCAUCAUCGACGGCCACCGGCAUUUCGCACACGGCUUCUGGGCUCCUGAUGAAGUCCAUGGUCGCCGCUCUUCGACUUGGCGUGAACUCCAGGGUCUUCACCGCCUCUUACUCUCUGUUGGUCAUCUCCUCUCUGGCCAUCGGGUGAUCGCUCGGGGGGACGCUCAGAAUGUUUUCUGGAUUCUAGAUAAGGGGGGCUCGCGUCUCGAGCAUCUUCAGGAGAUUUGCCUUGACAUUUUCUGGCUCUGUUAUAAGCAGCAGAUUGACCUUACUCCUGACUGGGUGCCUCGCACUCAGAACGAGCUCGCGGAUUACUUAUCCAAGCUUGUUGAUUACGAUGACUUUGGCUUACAGCCUGCCGCUUUCUCGCGCUUAGUUCAGCAGCUUGGUGCGGUAGAUAUCGACUGCUUCGCCAGCGAGCAUAACGCUCUCCUUCCAGCUUUCUUCUCAGAGCUCUGGACUCCCCGCGCGCGCGCAGCUAAUGCUUUUGCUCAGUCUUGGUCUGGCUCGCGCUGCUACUGCUUCCCGCCGCCCAAGCUUAUUCCCCGCGUCCUUCAGCACGCUCUCGAAUGUCGCUCCGACAUUGUUCUGGUGGUUCUGGAUUGGCCUAGUCAGUUUUGGUGGCCCCUGCUUCGUUCCGGUUCCGCCUGGGCUCCGUUCGUUUGUCGUUCCGUCCGGUUGCCGAUGUGA